AUGUCCUCGUCUGUCCACAGACAGGCAGUCACCUUGCCAUUCGACAUCUCAAGAGAAAUCGUCUCCCUCAUCACAGAUCAGCGUGAUCUUUCUCAACUAUGCCUGGUCAGUUUAGUGAUGGGCGAACUUGCCUUCAAGCAGCUGUACAAUUCGAUCUCACUCUACGGCCUCUCGACCCUCGUCAAGCUUCAUCGUACGCUCUCUAGGAACGCGUUUCUAGCAUCUCAAGUCAGCACCCUCGAAAUUAACCUGGAUUUCUACGCACUUAAUGUGCGCGGUGAACUGCUUGAACACAAGGAUGGUUCGGUGUGGUACGCUGACAGAAUCAUUCGAGGGUCUGCUUUUCUCCGCCUGGUCUUCCGCAUGCUGGCGAGCCUCGUCAAGCUAAGAAAUCUCGCGAUUCGCUGGUAUUUAGACAUGCCUGGAAUAUUAUUAUCAGCGUCUGCUGGCUUCAGCCGCCUGCCACCUGGGCUAAUCAGAUUCGAGUCGUAUACAGAGGAGAGCUGGCCGGUCUACGAUUUCGUCCGCUCUCAGCCGCACUUAGAAGACCUUGUUAUUUACAUCGAUGACGAUGGUGGUGUCCCUGACGAGAUGGGCGACGUCCCCGCCGGUGGUCCUCCUCAUGGACUACGUCGCCUAAUGUCCAGUACCUGCACCAUGGCCGCCUUAAUCCCAGGCCGCCCGGUCCAAGAGGUCCGCAUGCUCGAUGUUGAUACAAUCCCGCUGAGCCAUGUCGAUGAGCUCUUGGAUCAUCUGAAAUUAUCAUCGGUACCACUCCGUAUCGUGGAGCUCUCGCUGGAAGACGCCGAUCAUGAGACUUUCUCGAAGAUCUGUGCUGCAGUCCCACAGGUAAUCAAACUUAGUGUCACGGCUAUUGAUUCCCAAUUUCAUCAUUUUACCUCUUCGCAAGCGAUGCACGCGGUCGAAGGCCUUCGGCAGCUUCAGACGCUCACGAUCCGUGAAACUCAUAAGCCGUUGGAAGUUGGGCCAAUCCAGAUUACCAAUAUUGGCAGAAACCUGUACCGUGCAUGUCCUAGUUUGCAAAGGAUCGAAUUCUCGUGGACGGACUACUGCCGAGCGACUUUCGAAUUGACACCGCCCAAUAAACGUUUCUUGUGGUUUAAACCAGACUGCGGGGAGUACACAGACAUGAACGCAUGA